GAGACUGAUACCUGCAUGGUGGUUCCUGUUGAUGAGCAAACAGACCACACUGAAUCAGAACCAAACAGGAACCAAGUCAUCUUCCAGGAAGCUGCUGAAGCUGAGAACCAAAAUCAGGAAAGAAGAAAACCUUUCUCAUGUGUCAUCUGUAAAAAGCGUUUGACUUUCAAAUCUGUUUUUGAUAUUCACAUGAGAACUCAUACGGGUCAAAACCCGUUUUCAUGUGUGAACUGUGGAAAAAGUUUUCGUCAAAAACAGCAUUUAACUCGGCAUAUGAUGAUUCACACUGGUGAAAAACCGUUUUCAUGUGUGAACUGUGGAAAAAGUUUUAGUCAAAAACAUAAUUUAACUAAGCACAUGACGAUUCACACUGGUGAAAAGCCGUUUUCAUGUGUGAACUGUGGAAAAAGUUUUGGUCAAAAACAGCAUUUAACUCGGCAUAUGAUGAUUCACACUGGUGAAAAGCCGUUUUCAUGUGUGAACUGUGGAAAAGGUUUUUGUCAAAAACGGCUUUUAACUCAGCACAUGACGAUUCACACUGGUGAAAAGCCGUUUUCAUGUGUGAACUGUGGAAAAAGUUUUAGUCAAAAACGGCUUUUAACUCAGCACAUGACGAUUCACACUGGUGAAAAGCCGUUUUCAUGUGUGACCUGUGGAAAAAGUUUUAGUCAAAAACCGACUUUAACUCAGCACAUGACGAUUCACACUGGUGAAAAGCCGUUUUCAUGUGUGAACUGUGGAAAAAGUUUUGGUUAUAAACUGGCUUUAACUUGGCACAUGAUGAUUCACACUGGUGAAAAGCCGUUUUCAUGUGUGAACUGUGGACAGAGAUUUAGUCGAAAACAGGAUUUUACUCGGCACAUGAUGAUUACCCACACAGAGACAGGCUCACACAGAGACUGCUGGAUCAUCCAGACACAGGACCACCACCACCCCACUGCGAUCCACCUCACAACUGAGGACAAGACGUGGCAUAAAGAGCCUAAAACCAUGUUGAAAAUUCACAGUGCAAACAUGCAGUGCAUGAACCGGCCCCAAAUCCAGACUACAUACGGAUCAGAACCCAAGUCUCAGGGUUCAGCCAGGAUCCAGGGAAAAUACGCCCCCAGAAUCCCAAGACUACCCCAGGAACAAUACGGCCACCAUGCCAGUAACCCAUCUCAAGCUGUAAGGAGCCCCAAACUCACCACAUGCUGCCGCCAGAAGUCAUUCACAGAGUCACUAAUAUCCCUCCCCAGAUGA